CCUCCACUAUUACAGAGCUGUCAGUGAACAUCUCACCAGAGCGCGCAGGAGCUCCAAAUCUAAGGACUGAAGUUCAACUACACUAUUUCAUUUUUUUUCCUUUUUUCUCCUUUUUUCUCCAUCCCCCCUUUUCCCUCUUCAGUGGACUGGACAGCAGGAAUAUGACUUCUAAAGCGAUGGCGUGUAUGCAACUGUCGGACUAUCAGAUGAAAGUGCUGGAGGAGAAUUUCAACAAAGUCAGCAAGCAUCCGGAUGAAACGACGCUCAUGCUGAUCGCUGCGGAGUGCGGACUGUCAGAGCAGGAGACGCAAAAAUGGUUCAAGCUACGUAACGCACAGUGGAGAGAGGCGGAGGGCCUUCCAGCUGAACUGGGCUCUGUGUUGGAUUGAGACUUUCGGAGGCCACAGCGUCCCCCCCCUCUUCCCCCCACCUCCCCCUCCUCCUCCUCUUCCUCGAUGCCUGGAUGGAGCUCUGUGCUGACCCUGUUUCUCCUGGAUGAAUUGACUCCCCCCACCUCUUCCUCGUACACUUCCCUCUCUCCAUCUGUCAUCUCUCUCUCUCUCUCUCUCAUUUUUUAUUUUUUUUUUGUAUCUAUGAAGCUAUUUUAACUUACGGGAAUGUGAAGGUGUUUGUGUGCUGUUGCCAAUAUAACCACCAUGUUUACAUAAAAAAUAAACAUAUUGUUAUUAUAAGUUAAA